UUCUUAACAAAUGUACUAAUGGCUACGUGUUGUAACCACAGACCCCUUGACCACCGUCUGGACGGCCAAGCCGGCGGACCAACACUACUACCACUGCCAGGUGGGACAUUCGCAGAUGCUUUCCCGUGUUCGCUGGGCCGCCGGUGAUUGGGGCCCACUGGGGCGUCUGUAGGCCCGGCAAUCAGCUCUUGGCGUCAUCGUUGGUUCAUCAUGGCUUGGGGGGGGAAAAAAAAUCUGAUUCUUCUCUCUCGGCUAGUCUGCCCAAUAAUUAUCGCAAAUACGAAGCCCAAACGAGCAAAGAGAAGGGAAAUCGGCCGGUCUUGCCUUACGCGACCCCGGCUGGCUGUGGACUAGAGAGAGCAGAGCGGCGCGCGCCUUCCUCUUCCUCUCCCCACAUCGCCGCUGCUGGUGAUUUGCUGCUGCUCGUCGUCGGGCUCCGCCUCCCCUCCCCCGCGUGCCUUCGAGGUCCAGGUGCCGGCUCGAGCCCGCGCGAGGUCGGAGCUGCUCGCGCCGCACGUGCGCCUUCCCUGUUAUUGGUUUCUCGCGCUGCUGGUUGGAGUAUUGUACUGGGAAGGAAGGAAGGGGGAAGAGGGUCGGAGGCGGGGUGAAGCAUGGACAGAUCCGCCGCGGUGGAGCUGGAGAGGGCCGAGAGGGUGGUGAUGCGGUGGGACUCCACGGCGUCCGCAUCCACGGGUGGCGGGAGCGGCGGGGAGGAGCAGAUGCUGUUCGACGGCGGCGGGGACCGGGCGGAGGCGGAGCGGUUCCUCCUGGCGGUGGACGACCUCCGGCGCCUGGCACCCGCGUCCCCCGGCGCGGUCGGCAGCCCGCGCCGCACCUCGUCGGCGGGCGGAGGCUCCAACGCCGUCCAGGUCGCCAUGGCGCGGCUCGAGGACGAGUUCCGGCACGUGCUGACGUCACGCGCGCUGGACCUCGAGAUCGAGGUGCUCGCCGACCUCAGCUCCCUCUCCAUGUGCAGCGACCGGACCAGCUUCUCCGACUUCCCUGAGCCGGUGGCGGCGGCCGGGGACGACGAUGACUCCGUGUCGUCCUCCGUUGGCCGCCGCAGCAGCUACCGCUCCAUGCGCAGCAUCCGCGAGAUUGACAUCUUCCCUGCCGACGCCAUCUCCGACCUCAACGCCAUCGCUUGUCGCAUGGCUGCCGCCGGGUACGACCGCGAGUGCGUCCAGGUUUACGCCUCUGUCCGCAAGCCAGCUGUUGACUCCGCCCUCCGCCGCCUGGGCGUCGAGAAGCUCACCAUCGGCGACGUCCAGCGGCUCGAGUGGGAUGCCCUCGAGGCCAAGAUCCGCCGCUGGAUCCGCGCAGCCCGUGCCGCCGUGCGUGGCGUUUUCUCCAGCGAGCGCCGCCUUUGCUUCCUUAUCUUCCAUGACCUCCCCCUCUCCAACCCCAACUCCCCCAUCACCAGCCCCAACCCCACCACCCCUUUCGCCGAAACUGUCAAGGGCGCCACGUUGCAGCUCUUCGGCUUUGCUGAGGCCAUCAGUAUCGGGCGCCGCUCACCUGAGAAGCUGUUCAAGAUCAUUGACCUGCACGAUGCGCUCUCUGAUCUGCUGCCUGAUGUCUCUGACAUCUUCGCUGCUUCCAAGGCCGGGGAAUCAAUAUAUGUGCAGGUUGCGGAGAUCAGGUCACGGCUGGCUGAUGCCGUGCGUGGGAUACUCUCUGAGUUUGAGAAUGCCGUUCUACGGGAUCCAUCCAAAACUCCGGUACCGGGUGGCACCAUCCAUCCUCUCACUCGCUAUGUGAUGAAUUACAUUAGCCUCAUUUCUGACUACAAGGCUACACUCUCCGAGCUGAUCUUGUCACGACCAUCAUCUAGCUCGCGUAAUGCUGCUGAAGGCAAUGACCUCACACCCUCAUUUCCUGAUCUUGACCUUCCUGAUCCUGACAGCCAGUCACCUCUUGCUGCUCAUCUUAUCUGGAUUAUUGUGGUUCUUGAACACAACCUUGAAGGCAAAGCAUCGCUCUACAAGGAUGUGUCACUCUCUCACUUGUUCCUAAUGAACAAUGUGCACUAUAUCGUGCACAAGGUAAAGGACUCACCUGAGCUCCGGGGGCUUAUUGGCGAUACUUACUUAAAGCGACUCACAGGGAUAUCCAAAACAGCACUUCGGGAGCGCUUCAAGGCUUUCAAUGCUGUGUUUGAGGAGGCACAUCGGGUGCAGUCCGGGUGGUAUGUGCCUGACACGCAGCUGAGAGAAGAGCUUAGGAUCUCAAUAUCAGAGAAGCUGCUCCCAGCAUACCGCUCCUUCCUUGGUCGCUUCCGGCAUCAUAUAGAGAAUGGAAGGCACCCAGAAUUGUACAUCAAGUAUUCGGUUGAUGACCUGGAGAUAUCCGUGACAGAUUUCUUUGAGGGGUCCCCACCUCCGCCACAUAACAGGAGGAGAUCCCAUGGAUGAGAAAUGGCUUGAAGGAUUCCAUGAGUUGUAUCACUUGGCUGGGUGUUGUUGCCAGUAUUCUUUCAUUCUUCGUGGGGAAUCAGUGCAGGCAGUCGGGUAUUUUGUUUUACACUCCCGAGCCUUACGGGUGUAGUUGGUGAUGAUUUCUUCUACUAGAGGUAAUCUGAAACAGAAUCAGGGCACAAGGGUCGGAUUGAAGCUGUCAAAAGCCUCGGUAGUUCUUCCUCAGUUCACGAGCUUGUUCAUUUGUUACACUACUAUAUUUUUUAGUAGCAUGUUCAUAUAGGAAUGUUCUUUUAGUAAUGUUGCACAGUUGUAAGCUGUAACUUCUGGAGCUUAUUUGACCUUUAGAUGAGUGCCCUUCCAUGCUUUUGGUUGAUCACAUAUAUAUGAAGAAUGUACUAGAUAUAUUAGAUGUAAAAUCUUUUUUUCUGAGUUAAAUUAGAUGUAAAAUCUACUAUGUUACUGUGUUGCA